AUGGCCGCCGGUGAUGCUGCGGACACUGCUACCGGGCCGUGCCAGCACAAUCCACCAUCGUGGGACGUCUAUGAACCAUCCAGGUCCUGCGUCAAGAUGGCGAACUUCGGGUGCCGAGGUCCGUUGGCCCCAUGCAGUGCUGCGCAGAGAUGGCAGCAAUGGCUCAUGCCGCCGCCACUGCCGACUCUGCUCACCGGAGCCCCCAGUGCAGCUUCUGGCGCAGUCCUCACCAGCGCUGCCGCUGCCGCUGCGAGUGCGGCAAGCGCGGCUAGAGCCGCGAUGUGUCCUCCAGUUCAAGGCAACUGGCCACUCGUUCAAGGUCUUGCAAGACCUCCUCAGGGUGACCCUUAUGCAACCCGCCACAUGCCAUCUCCCAUGAAGGUCACAUGCACUGGCAGCGGCUACUAUCCAAGCCUCGCCGAGGAAGCUCCUAGCCUUCAGGCGCGACUCCUUGCGCGGAACGAGGGUAUGGAGGUCUGA